UAGUUGAAAGAACUUCUUAAAUUGGUAGUUUUGUGUUUAUGCUCAUAUUCACACCAUAUAUCCUAAUUCCCAAAUUUCUAUACUAAAUUAAAACCCAUGUGCAUGCCUAUUAAAAGUGUGAAACUUGGUCACAUGUGUAGAACAAUUCCAUAUAUAUAAAAAGACAGAAAAUCCAUUGAAAGGUAAUUAAAAUGCCAGGACGGCUAAGACUAUAUAUAAAUAGCCAUAGAUGUUUCACAAAUUCAUAACAUCAAAAGGAAAACAUUAAUUUAGCUCGAACAUAACAACAUCAUUAUAUUGAUUUCCAACAUUUCCUAUCUUCCAAAAUUUCCAUGGAGGUGGUGGAAGUCUUCAUUGUUGGAGCAGGUCCCUCUGGCCUAGCCACGGCAGCAUGCCUCAACAAAUUCUCCAUACCAUAUGUCAUUGUCGAGCGUGAAGAUUGUAUUGCAUCGUUGUGGCACAAACAUACAUAUGACCGGCUCAAGCUCCACAUCGCAAAAGAGUUCUGUGAACUACCGCACAUGUCAUAUCCAGACGAUGCACCAACCUACAUUCCCAAAGACCAGUUUAUGAGAUAUGUGGAUGACUAUGUUGAGCACUUUAAUAUUGUCCCAACGUUCAACGCUUCUACUGAGUCAUGCAUGUAUGACGAGGAAAAGAAAUAUUGGGCUAUCUCAGCACAUGACAAAGUGAACAACAAGAUGCUUGAGUAUGCAGCUAAGUUCUUAGUUGUAGCAACAGGAGAAAAUAGUGCGAGUAAUAUUCCGGAGAUCAUUGGGCUACCAAGCUUCCCUGGUGAAACUAUGCACUCAUCGAGUUAUAAAUCAGGAAAUGAUUAUGCUGGGAAAAGUGUGCUUGUUGUUGGAUCUGGAAACUCUGGAUUUGAGAUUGCUUAUGACCUUGCGGUCCAUGGAGCUAAAACCUCCAUCAUCAUCCGUAAUCCAAUGCAUGUGAUGAAAAAGGAGAUGAUCCACUUAGGGAUGGUACUAGCAAAGUGGCACAUUCCGCUAAAAUUUGUAGAUUUCGUUCUUAUCGUCCUUGCGUAUUUCUUGUUCGGUGAUCUAUCAAAGUAUGGGAUUGUGAGGCCUUUUCUGGGACCACUCCUUCUAAAAGCAAAAACCGGUCGUUCUGCUGUUAUAGAUGUUGGCACCACUGAGCUAAUUAAGAAAGGGGAUAUAAAGGUACUUGACUCAAUUUCUCGCAUCCGAGGAAAGCUCAUAGAGUUCAAGGAUGGGAAGAAAAGAUACUAUGAUACCAUUGUGUUCGCCACAGGAUACAAAAGUACCGUAAAUAUGUGGCUCAAGAGCGAUGUAAGCAUGAUAAAUAGUGAUGGCAUGCCCAAAAAUGACUUUCCAAACCAUUGGAAAGGUGCAAAUGGACUCUACUGCGUCGGGUUAGCAAGGAGGGGACUGGCUGGUAUUGCAAACGAUGCCGGUGUUGUUGCUAAUGACAUCCAUGAUGUCAUAGAAAUGGUCAGGGAUGAAGUCAAGAUUCAACUAUAAUAUAGAAGAAUUUGAUCAUGGAGGCGGCAAACCUCUUACAAAAUAACUAAAUUUGAUGAAUUCUAUGUGGAUUUAGCUAAUUUCCUAAGGGACGUGGAAUUGGUUGGGAGGGGCGAGUGCCCCUCCUUAGAUCAGUCCCUGGAUAUGGUGCCCUUUAAUUAGCUAGUUUCUCUCAGAUGAGUUCAUCGCUCUUUCUUAUACCAUUUUUUCCUCUAAAUAAUGUUGUAUGGAAAUACGACAAGUUUCUUUCAUUGAAUUUGUCAGUGUUCGUUUGAUGUGUUGGAGUUUU